AUGACCCAACAGUCGGCAGUGGUCCUGGUCUGGUGUCAGGUCUUAAACGGGGGGGGGGGGGGGGGGGGGGGGGGGGGGGGGGGGGGGGGGGGGGGGGGGGGGGGGGGGGGGGGGGGGGGGGGGGGGGGGGGGGGGGGGGGGGGGGGGGGGGGGGGGGGGGGGGGGGGGGGGGGGGGGGGGGGGGGGGGGGGGGGGGGGGGGGGGGGGGGGGGGGGGGGGGGGGGGGGGGGGGGGGGGGGGGGGGGGGGGGGGGGGGGGGGGGGGGGGGGGGGGGGGGGGGGGGGGGGGGGGGGGGGGGGGGGGGGGGGGGGGGGGGGGGGGGGGGGGGGGGGGGGGGGGGGGGGGGGGGGGGGGGGGGGGGGGGGGGGGGGGGGGGGGGGGGGGGGGGGGGGGGGGGGGGGGGGGGGGGGGGGGGGGGGGGGGGGGGGGGGGGGGGGGGGGGGGGGGGGGGGGGGGGGGGGGGGGGGGGGGGGGGGGGGGGGGGGGGGGGGGGGGGGGGGGGGGGGGGGGGGGGGGGGGGGGGGGGGGGGGGGGGGGGGGGGGGGGGGGGGGGGGGGGGGGGGGGGGGGGGGGGGGGGGGGGGGGGGGGGGGGGGGGGGGGGGGGGGGGGGGGGGGGGGGGGGGGGGGGGGGGGGGGGGGGGGGGGGGGGGGGGGGGGGGGGGGGGGGGGGGGGGGGGGGGGGGGGGGGGGGGGGGGGGGGGGGGGGGGGGGGGGGGGGGGGGGGGGGGGGGGGGGGGGGGGGGGGGGGGGGGGGGGGGGGGGGGGGGGGGGGGGGGGGGGGGGGGGGGGGGGGGGGGGGGGGGGGGGGGGGGGGGGGGGGGGGGGGGGGGGGGGGGGGGGGGGGGGGGGGGGGGGGGGGGGGGGGGGGGGGGGGGGGGGGGGGGGGGGGGGGGGGGGGGGGGGGGGGGGGGGGGGGGGGGGGGGGGGGGGGGGGGGGGGGGGGGGGGGGGGGGGGGGGGGGGGGGGGGGGGGGGGGGGGGGGGGGGGGGGGGGGGGGGGGGGGGGGGGGGGGGGGGGGGGGGGGGGGGGGGGGGGGGGGGGGGGGGGGGGGGGGGGGGGGGGGGGGGGGGGGGGGGGGGGGGGGGGGGGGGGGGGGGGGGGGGGGGGGGGGGGGGGGGGGGGGGGGGGGGGGGGGGGGGGGGGGGGGGGGGGGGGGGGGGGGGGGGGGGGGGGGGGGGGGGGGGGGGGGGGGGGGGGGGGGGGGGGGGGGGGGGGGGGGGGGGGGGGGGGGGGGGGGGGGGGGGGGGGGGGGGGGGGGGGGGGGGGGGGGGGGGGGGGGGGGGGGGGGGGGGGGGGGGGGGGGGGGGGGGGGGGGGGGGGGGGGGGGGGGGGGGGGGGGGGGGGGGGGGGGGGGGGGGGGGGGGGGGGGGGGGGGGGGGGGGGGGGGGGGGGGGGGGGGGGGGGGGGGGGGGGGGGGGGGGGGGGGGGGGGGGGGGGGGGGGGGGGGGGGGGGGGGGGGGGGGGGGGGGGGGGGGGGGGGGGGGGGGGGGGGGGGGGGGGGGGGGGGGGGGGGGGGGGGGGGGGGGGGGGGGGGGGGGGGGGGGGGGGGGGGGGGGGGGGGGGGGGGGGGGGGGGGGGGGGGGGGGGGGGGGGGGGGGGGGGGGGGGGGGGGGGGGGGGGGGGGGGGGGGGGGGGGGGGGGGGGGGGGGGGGGGGGGGGGGGGGGGGGGGGGGGGGGGGGGGGGGGGGGGGGGGGGGGGGGGGGGGGGGGGGGGGGGGGGGGGGGGGGGGGGGGGGGGGGGGGGGGGGGGGGGGGGGGGGGGGGGGGGGGGGGGGGGGGGGGGGGGGGGGGGGGGGGGGGGGGGGGGGGGGGGGGGGGGGGGGGGGGGGGGGGGGGGGGGGGGGGGGGGGGGGGGGGGGGGGGGGGGGGGGGGGGGGGGGGGGGGGGGGGGGGGGGGGGGGGGGGGGGGGGGGGGGGGGGGGGGGGGGGGGGGGGGGGGGGGGGGGGGGGGGGGGGGGGGGGGGGGGGGGGGGGGGGGGGGGGGGGGGGGGGGGGGGGGGGGGGGGGGGGGGGGGGGGGGGGGGGGGGGGGGGGGGGGGGGGGGGGGGGGGGGGGGGGGGGGGGGGGGGGGGGGGGGGGGGGGGGGGGGGGGGGGGGGGGGGGGGGGGGGGGGGGGGGGGGGGGGGGGGGGGGGGGGGGGGGGGGGGGGGGGGGGGGGGGGGGGGGGGGGGGGGGGGGGGGGGGGGGGGGGGGGGGGGGGGGGGGGGGGGGGGGGGGGGGGGGGGGGGGGGGGGGGGGGGGGGGGGGGGGGGGGGGGGGGGGGGGGGGGGGGGGGGGGGGGGGGGGGGGGGGGGGGGGGGGGGGGGGGGGGGGGGGGGGGGGGGGGGGGGGGGGGGGGGGGGGGGGGGGGGGGGGGGGGGGGGGGGGGGGGGGGGGGGGGGGGGGGGGGGGGGGGGGGGGGGGGGGGGGGGGGGGGGGGGGGGGGGGGGGGGGGGGGGGGGGGGGGGGGGGGGGGGGGGGGGGGGGGGGGGGGGGGGGGGGGGGGGGGGGGGGGGGGGGGGGGGGGGGGGGGGGGGGGGGGGGGGGGGGGGGGGGGGGGGGGGGGGGGGGGGGGGGGGGGGGGGGGGGGGGGGAUGGGGGGGGGGGGGGGGGGGGGGGGGGGGGGGGGGGGGGGGGGGGGGGGGGGGGGGGGGGGGGGGGGGGGGGGGGGGGGGGGGGGGGGGGGGGGGGGGGGGGGGGGGGGGGGGGGGGGGGGGGGGGGGGGGGGGGGGGGGGGGGGGGGGGGGGGGGGGGGGGGGGGGGGGGGGGGGGGGGGGGGGGGGGGGGGGGGGGGGGGGGGGGGGGGGGGGGGGGGGGGGGGGGGGGGGGGGGGGGGGGGGGGGGGGGGGGGGGGGGGGGGGGGGGGUUGCAUCUGUCUGUCGGCGCCUUUCCUCCGCGCUCUGUCCUCUGCCUCAAAGCCCCAGCACCAGCCCCACGCCCCAACCACAGGCGGCGCUCGCACCAGCUGA